AUGGCCUCCAAGAAGGAUACUAAUUUUUUGCUCUACUCGCUGGGCAGCGACGAUGACGACGAUGCUGGGGACGACAUGGUCUACUCGAGCCUGCUCGCCUCCUCCGAUAGCAACGCCUUCGUUUCGGACGACGAAGCUGUGGACACCCACCACCAGCACAAGGCCGUGCACGAGGUCCCACACGACGACGCGCCUGUGCCACAAUGGCGCAUGGCCACCCUCGCGCUGUGGCAGUUCGGCUACGCGGCCAUGAUGGCGUUCAUCAUGGCCAUCCUGCUGCCUCUGCAGACUCUCGAGAUGGUGGGCAAGGAGAACAAGGGCACUGCGCUGGGUGUGAGUGUGGCGGUGGCCACGGUCAUAGCCACGGUCAUCAGUCUGGCAUUUGGCCAAGCGUCCGACCACAUCUCCACCCCCAUCGGCAAACGAACGCCGUUUGUGGUGGUGAGCUCGGCCGGGCUGGCGCUCUUGGCGGUGGCGAUGACCUGGUACGGCGCGGCUGGUCUGACCGGCGCCGGCGUCUACGUGGUCUACGCCGGUCUACUCUUGGCCCUGCGCACCUGCGCCGGGGUGGCCGAGACCGCGUUCCAGCCGCUCCUCCCCGACCUCGUUCCCAAGCAUCAGAUGGGCACCGUCUCCGGAUGGUGGGCCAUGGGCCAGAUGGUCGGAAAUCUGUUUGGCCUGGCAGGCGGCUCCAUCCUCAUGGACCAAACCGGUCCGGUCGCGGUCGCCAUCAUCAUCUCCUCCCUCCUCACAAUCGCGCUCCGCUUCCUGGCGCGAUAUAUCAAGCCCUUUCUGAUCAGCUCCAACUUCAGAUGGAUCUUCGCGACGCGCUUCGUGACGCAGCUCGGCUUUGGCUUCGUCAACAACUUUGUUUUCUAUUUCAUUCACGACGUUUCGCCGCUCCCGUACCGCCUGUUCGGUCUCGAGUUCACCAAUACCAACGACGCCGUCGGGAUCUUCGCCGGCGCCAUUAUGCUGACCGCAGUGUUCUCCGGCUACGCCGGUGGCGCGCUGGGUGAUCGACUCGGGAGGAAGCGGAUGGUCUACGUCUCGUCGGCGUUUCAAACGCUCGCAUGUGUGGGCUUCGUUCUGCUUUCGGUGUGGCCGCAGCAGUUCACCUUCCUUGUCAUCUCCGGCGUGGUGAUGGGCAUCGGCCUCGGUUCAUUCCUCGCCGUGGACUUUGCGCUGGCCACCGAAUGCCUUCCGUCGGAGGAGUCGCGCGGGACUGAUCUGGCCGUGUGGAACCUGGCCAUGUCCCUCCCCAUCGCCUUCUCCGGCCCCCUCGGUGGAGUGAUGCUCGACAACGGCCAGCGGGUGGGGCAUGCACUGAACCUGCCCAACCUGGGCUACGUGGGCCUGUUUGCCAGCUGUGGCUUCCUGCUUGCACUGAGCGCCUUCUUUGUGCGCCGCAUCACCGUCGGCAACCCCGUCCGCCGGCGAAAGCCCACCAACGAGAUCGAUCUCGAAUUGGUGGAGGUGGAGGAUGAUGGCACAUUCCAGUAG